AUGUCCACUCGAUGGAGAUAUUACAAUUCAAAACGCGGGAAUGGAUUCCGCGGUCGAGGCAGAGGCCGAGGUCGCGGUACAAGCUUGACCGCCGUCGCCUUACCCCGUGAUGAUAAUUUUCACAAGGGAGCUCAGGAUGGCGCUUAUUUCAAAGACAUGCCGAUGGAUCCGGAGCAAUUUCGGGAUGAAACGGUGCUCAGUCUUUCUUUUGCUCAAGGAAUGCUCGGAGCUGCCUACUACGAGCAAUCAAGCCAGUUGUUGAAGAUCAUGAACGAUAUUUCAGAAGAUCUUGAAUUUAGAUUCUUGAAGAGAUUGAUAGACGAUGUGAAGCCGACGCUAAUAAUCGCAAAUAGAAGCCAGGAUCUCGAAUUUAUCAAAUUUUUGACCACGCGGUAUGAUCCACAGGAAAAAAUCUAUGAAGACGGGACUACAGAAGAAGGAACAUCAGAGGAUACGGUUCCGACAUGGGAUUCUUCGCUAGCUUAUUCUACUGACGAGACAACGGCGGAAAAAGAAGAAAAAGAAGAAGACGAAGAUGAUGAUGACGAAGGAUUACCGGCGAAGCUUAAUAAGCUCCCGAACAACUUUUUCAGAAUGUCGCGAGCUAUAGAAAGAUUAAAGGCGAUGGCCGGGUCCCAUGACAGUUCGAUGACGGAAGAGGACAAGUACAUUAUCAUCAAGAUGAGAUUUGAUAUUGAAGCUGUUAAUAUGAUAAGAUCAUUUGGAGCACUUCUUCUUUUCCUCGAUGAAACUAGGAUGGGCGUGACAGACGAUCCUUUGUCAGUCACUUCACCUAUCAAAUCUAUCAAGACAUUUACAUUAGGAAACCUGGUAGAAAUCGAUUUCAACACAAUUCAGGCGCUGGAUAUUCUGCCAAAGGAAACCGAGAAUAAGAAGACUUUCGGACAAGGUAGAUCACUUUAUCAGUUGAUGGAUAAAUGUAGAUCAACCGUUGGAAAAAAGUGCCUUCGAAAAUGGUUUAGAAAUCCGACUACGGAUAGAGAUGAUCUUGUGUCAAGACAAAAAUGUGUGCACUACUUCAAACAGGACUGGAACGCCGAAGUGACCGCUAAGUUAUCAUCAAUUCUUGGAAGAGUGAAGGCUCUGAACAGUGUAUUCCAAAAAUUUCAAAGUGGAACAGCUCAGCUCAUUCAUUGGGAGUGCUUCGUAUCGACAGUCAACGCGCUUGUUGAAAUCUUGAAUAUUAUCAGGCAGACACCGAUUUCGAAGGAGUUUCCUGUAGAAUCAGAUCUUCUCCGAGAAGUCUCUGAAAUUGCAGUCAUCGCGGGCUCCAUUAUCAACUUCGCAGAGUCGAAGAUUCAAGGAAGAGUGACAGUGAUGAAUGGAAUCGAUGAAGAAUUGGAUGAAAUACGCGACACAUAUGAGAACAUGCCAAUGGUGCUCACUGCAAUUGCUAAACAGGAAGAAGCUCGACUUGGUCUACCACCGUACUCUAAUGUGGCGUGUGUCUACAUACCACUCGUCGGAUUUGUUCUUUCAGUUCCAAGAGAUUACGGUGUGGAAUCACAGCCUGACAUGACUCUACUAUACUCCACACACGAAGACUUACGAGUGAGAAAUGCCACAACAUCAAGAUUAGACGACGAAUUUGGAGAUAUUCUAAUGAGAUUAAUCGACAGCCAGACUGCAAUCAUUCUCACUUUGAAGACAAGAGUGAUGAAGAAAAAGCGAAGUAUCAUUAAACUUCUCUCUAUUGCUUCUAGAAUCGAUGUGCUCAUUUCGUUCGGCCUAAUUGCUGCACAAAACGGAUGGAAUUGUCCUGCUCUUGUAGAUGAGCCCGUGAUUGAAGCCGUCGAGCUAUAUCAUCCGAUUAGUGUUCUAGUUGUCAAGAAGAGUUUCGUACCGAAUCAAGUUAGUAGUGGUCGAGAUGGAAUUAAAGCAAGCAUUAUAACAGGACCAAAUGCAUGUGGAAAGAGUGUCUACAUGAAAUCAAUUGGAAUCAUGGUUUUUCUGUCUCAUAUUGGAAGUUUCGUGCCAGCUAGACAUGCGAAAAUAGGAAUAGUCGAUCGAAUUGUUACCAGAAUGUUUACUGUGGAUUCAGUUCUCGAUGGGAUGUCUACAUUUGCAAAAGACGUAGAACAAGUUGCGUUGGCAUUGAGGAAAGCUACUGGCAACUCAUUGGUUAUCAUUGAUGAGUUUGGAAAAGGAACAAUGACAGAAGUUGGACUUUCUCUUUUGGCAUCUGUCAUGACUUAUUGGAUGAAUAGGGGAGCUGAUCGAUGCCCUCAUAUAUUCCUAUCGUCACAUUUCCACGCGCUUCCAAAUUAUAUUCCUCUUGAAACUAACAUUGCAACUUUCUUGACGUUCACAGUUCUCCGUGAAGCUGGUGGCAAGAUCAAAUACCUUUUCCGUAUGACUCCUGGCUUGGUUGAUUGCUCGUUCGCACUGUCGGUUGCUAAAGAGGAAGGAAUUCCGCCACCUGUAAUUGGAAGAGCUUGUCGAAUUUAUAAAGCAUUAAAAGCUGGAACUCUACUCAAAGAAAUUAAGGCAGAAGUUUCGAAUGACAAUGAAAAACAGCUUGUGGAAGACAUGGAUGUUGUUCUUGCUGAUGAAGAUGGUUUCAUGGCCGCAGUAGAAUCAUUUGUGAAAAGAAAGAAAACAUCAUUUUGCGAAUCAUCAAUGCGAAAUGUGAGCGAGGAAAUUGAAAAGGAGAGAUCAGAAGCUUCUACUCCGGCAUCGAAAAGUCGCAGUACCAUCACAGCCAGAUCAAAUAGUGUUCUUUCAUCGCGAUCGAUGGCUUCAGUGGAUCAACUUUCUGUGCUCGAUGCCUUGUUACCAAAAAAGAAAAAGAAAAAAGUGACAGGUAGUAGUAUGGAAUCAUCAAUGUCUCCUGAUCCAUUCCAAGAAGAGGAUGAAGGUACUGAAGGAGAGGAAGAUCAAAUAAGUGCACCUGUAUCUCGACCAACACUUCCGUCUGUACAGAAAUAUGCCAGUGAAGAAGAGAAGCAGCAAUCCAUAAACUCCCGACACUCAUUCUCGACUCGAACUGCAAUACAUAUUCCAACUCCAAUCCAAAUGGGUGAAGCUGGUGGUGUCAAAAGGCCUAGAUCAACGUCUACUUCAUCACCAGGUCCUUCAGCAUCAAAAUCAGUCAGAACUGAAGUUUUCAAGAAGACACCAAAUGUGAAAGAAUCACAAGUUCUCGAGACCCCAAAACAGCUUUCCAUAAGCUCAUUCCUCGAACCAAAAUUUCCAUCGUCGGAGAAAGAUGUGAUCUCCAGAGUCAGUGAACGAUAUUUGCAAAGUGAUCCAUUCAAGACGCCGAUCAGUGAUAGAAGGUCUCAACAAUCUUCGCGCCACAGUACUCCAAAAAAUCGAUCAAUGAAUCAAUCAUUGAUUCAGAGUGCCAGAGAUACUCCUCAUGAAACAAUUCGAUCUUCAAAUGAAGUGAAUCCAGAAUUUUUUAACAUUUUCAACUUCCCAGAUGAUUCGAUUCUGAAAUCACAAGAUACAUAUGAUCCAAAUGUCACUCCAAGAUCAUCAUCUCGUCGUGAACUCAGACCGGAUGUGUCUCACUCUCAGAAUAGUCAAUUUGGCGAAGUAUUCUCUGAGUUGGGCACACAGUUCUCCAUAUUCAAUAGUCAACAGUCAUUUCCUGGAAAUUCGAUGGGAACCACGAAUCCUGAUUGUUCGAUAUUCGAUGAUUUCUUUGCAAAUUCUCAGGAUGGUGAAAAGAAAAUCGAUUCGACAAAAACCUCGAUGCCCAUUGUCAACUCUGAUAAUUUUAUUUUCAAAACUCCCGAACCCAGAAGCUCGGAAAAGCAAAGAAGUCUGCUCAAGAAUAAAGGACAAGCUUCAAAUAGUUCGAUUUCCCCGAGCAGUCUGAUUCUGGGACAACUUGCUUUUGGAGACGUCGAUCAAACGCCUCGUCCUCGUGGGGACAAUCCAAUUGAAUUUCAGUAUGAUGUGGUCGAUGACGACGAUCCGAUAUUUGAAGAAAAGAAUUGCAGUGCUCCUGUUUUUGAAUUUCUAAAGUCAAACGACGAUGAGGAAGAUGAUGAGUUCUUGAAGAGUUUCCUUGAAACAGAAGGAUCUCUCCAUAUCGAUACGAGCGCCGAUGAGACGAUAGAUCGUUCGAAAAGAAGUUAAUUUUAUAUAAUUAGAAUUUCGUAUUUCUUGUAAUGUUCAAUCUUGUUCAAUGUAUUUCGUUUUCGUUUUUAAAUUAUUUAUAGCGCAUUUUAAUAAAUACUAUUUU